AUGGCGUGCAAUCCCGCGACGUAUGAUGGUAAAAUCGAUCCGAUUGCAUGCCAAAGGUGGGUUUCAAACAUAGAAGCGGUGUUUAUACUAAGUCGGUGUGAUAAGGAAGACCAGGUGAUGUUUGCUACUGGUCAACUUACUCUUCAAGCGAAAGAUUGGUGGGAUGCACAUAGUAAGGAAGUUGGGGAGGACAAGUUACAAGAGAUGACUUGGCAAGAAUUUAAGGAACCCUUAAUGAGAUAUCAUUGUCCUCAGUCAGCUAUUGACAAGAUUCAGGAGGAUUUCUUACACCUCAGACAGAAAAAUGAGUCAAUAAAUGAAAUAUCAAACACUUUCAUGGAUAAGAUGAAGUUCUGUAGGGAUUUUGUGAAGACUGAAAGAAUGAAGAUCAAUCGCUUUUCUGGCAUAUUAAAAGCAGAAUUUUGGGAGUUCAUCACUCCCUCAAAUUGUGAAACCCUUGAUGAGCUUAUCAAUUUGGCACGGGAUAGAGAAAUCGAGAUUAAAAGGCAAGAAGAACGAGGUGAAAAGAGAUCGAAUGAAAAGGGGGCAAGCUCAAGUCCGUCCAAGAAAGCAAAGUUUCAAGACCACAAGAAGAAUGACAAGUCAAAGAGUGGUAUUCCUCCGUGCAAGACAUGUGGAAAACUUCAUACUGGGGAAUGUCUUCUGGGUAAGAAGGGGUGCUACAAAUGUGGUGAGGAAGGGCAUACGUCCUACAAAUGCCCUAGCAACCCGAAGACGUGUUUCAAUUGUUUCCAGAAAGGGCAUGUUAAGUCGGAGUGUCCAAAACUCCAGCUAGGAUCAAAGAAGGAGGGAAAGAACAAAGAAAGCUCUAAGGCGAAAGGGAGGAUGUUCCAAAUCACCUCCGAAGAAGCUAAGUCCCAUCUGAAUGUGGUUUCAGGUAUCUUUUUAUUAAACUCCAUACCGGUUUAUGUUUUGUUUGAUACCGGGGCCACUAUGUCGUUUAUUUCAAAUGAAAUCAUACAACAUCCUUCAUUUAAGAUUGAACGAAUGCCGAUGCCUUUAGAAGUAGAAAUAGCCGAUAGUAAGAUUUAUACGUUACACGAGAUUUGUAAAAAUUGCAAAUUUACUAUAGAAGAUGAAGAAUUCGAUAUCGACCUCAUACCUAUGGUUUUGGGGGAAUUCAAAAUGAUAUUGGGUAUGGAUUAG